GGGGCGGGGCGGGGCGACGAGCAGUGCCCGGAGGUGAAGUGCCGAGCGCCGAGCCUGUGUCCCGUUCCCCUGGGCACCCUGAAUGUAAGCAUUAUGGAGAAGACAAGAUUCUGCCAUCAACACUAUAAUACUGUCAUAGAAUUCCUCUAAAGACUAGGAAGUAUUGCUGGUAUCGUGCAUUCUGGAAAUACGUUUUACUACAGGUACCACCAAGGCUUUGCAAAUAGGAUGAACAUGCUGCUGUUGACUGCUUACUGACAGUAACCAGCUGGGCAUUUCACUCAUGAUGUUUUCAUUCUCACCUUGUCCAAUUGGAAUUUGCUUAUACUGAUUUUUAAAAAGAGGAAUAAAUCAAAGUGGACUUGACAUGGAAAAUAAAAAGAAAGACAAAGACAAACCAGAUGAAAGAAUGGCACGGCCUAGUGGGAGAUCAGGCCAUAAUCCGCGUGGAGCUGGUUCUUCAAAUUCUGGAGUGUUAAUGGUUGGCCCUAACUUCAGAGUUGGUAAAAAAAUUGGAUGCGGUAAUUUUGGAGAACUACGGUUAGGAAAAAAUUUAUACACAAAUGACUAUGUGGCAAUUAAGCUGGAGCCAAUGAAGUCGAGAGCACCACAGCUACAUUUGGAAUACAGAUUCUACAAGCAGCUAGGAUCUGGAGAUGGAAUACCUCAGGUUUAUUAUUUUGGCCCAUGUGGUAAAUAUAAUGCUAUGGUGCUAGAACUACUUGGUCCUAGUCUGGAAGAUUUAUUUGACUUGUGUGGUAGGACAUUUUCUCUUAAAACCGUUCUUAUGAUAGCCAUACAGUUGAUUUCUCGUAUGGAAUAUGUCCAUUCAAAGAACUUGAUAUACAGAGACGUAAAACCUGAGAACUUCUUAAUAGGACGACCUGGAAACAAAACCCAGCAAAUUAUUCACAUUAUAGACUUUGGUUUGGCAAAGGAGUACAUAGAUCCAGAAACAAAGAAGCACAUACCAUAUCGAGAACACAAGAGCCUUACAGGAACAGCUAGAUACAUGAGUAUAAAUACACAUUUAGGAAAAGAGCAAAGUAGAAGAGAUGAUUUGGAAGCAUUGGGUCAUAUGUUUAUGUAUUUUCUCAGAGGAAGUCUUCCAUGGCAAGGUUUAAAGGCGGAUACAUUAAAGGAACGUUACCAGAAAAUUGGAGACACUAAACGAGCAACUCCGAUAGAAGUAUUGUGUGAAAACUUCCCAGAGGAAAUGGCCACUUACCUGCGUUAUGUAAGAAGGUUAGACUUUUUUGAAAAGCCAGACUAUGACUACUUAAGAAAGCUCUUCACAGACUUACUUGAUCGCAAAGGCUAUAUGUUUGAUUAUGAAUAUGACUGGAUUGGCAAACAGUUGCCUACUCCAGUGGGUUCAAUACAUUCAGACCCUGCAAUCUCUUCAAACAGAGAAGCAUAUCAGCACAGAGACAGAAUGCAACAAUCCAAAAAUCAGUCGGCAGACCAUAGGGCAGCUUGGGACUCACAGCAAACCAAUCCACAUCAUUUGAGGGCUCACCUGGCAUCUGACAGACAUGGUGGCUCUGUACAGGUUAGAAAAAUACACACUGAAUUCAUUAAAUUACAGUUAGUAGCACUUUCAAAGUGUCAUCAUAUGACUCUGUUGGCAAUUGUGGCACUUCAGAAACCUUUCAUUCUUUGUCAGGUAGUAAGCUCAACAAAUGGAGAACUGAACACAGAUGACCCAACUGCAGGCCGUUCAAAUGCACCCAUCACAGCUCCUGCAGAAGUAGAAGUAAUGGAUGAAACAAACUGCCAGAAAGUGUUGAACAUGUGGUGCUGCUGCUUAUUCAAGCGGAGGAAAAGGAAAACCAUUCAGCGCAACAAAUGACUAGAACCAAACAGAACACGGGAAAAUGCUUAUUUGUUCACCUGUUGUCUUGUGAUCUUAAAAAAACCCCAACAACAAAACCCAAAGCAAAACCCUCCAAAAUAAACACAUUUUCCGAGGACUCCCUGAGAAACAAUAUCAUGCCUCUGUUCUUUGAUUUGGUUCUUCUGCAUCCAUCAUCCAUUUUUUAAUUCAUCUGUUCUGAAAGCUUUAAGAUAUUAUCAAAUAGGAGUGCUUCUUUGACCAUCAACAUAUGGACCAAUGAAAUGAUAGAACAUGAACAGUAUCUUGAGCAAAACUGAACUUGAGAAGUAUUUCUUCUUUCCUAGGAAGUAGUAGCAGUGUCUUAGAUGAAGACGGAUGUCGUAAAUCAGUUAUUUGAGUUUGUAGCAGUGUAUCUAAAGCAGUUUUCUUCAAAAAUUAAGAAGAAAAACACAGGUACACAGCCAUAAUGCAAAAUAAUAAAAUCUUAAGAUUUAUUUUA